AUGGAGUUACGAUUUUUUUUCCUUUUUUUUCCUUUUCAAAUAUUGUUUUUCUUAUAUUGUUCCUUUUUCUUUUUCGUAUCUUUUCUCAUUUUUCUUUUUUUUUUCUGGGGUGGAGCUAUGAUUUUCAUGACUAGUGACAGAGCCCCCAUUCAUUUCCCUUCUUUUUUCUUUUUUCUUUUUUCCUUUUUUCCUUUUUUCUCUAUUCCUUUCCUUUCCUCAACGAAAAAAGAAGAAAGUGAAAAUGUUGUAAGUGAAUUAACCAAAAUUCAAAAAAAAAAGCAGCAAAGAAAGAAAAAUAAAAGGAAAAGAGGAUACAACAACAGAAGCAAUCAAACAAAUAAACAAAGAAAUAAACACAUCAACACAAGAAUUCAAGCCAGAAUAGAAACAACAAAAAGAAAUGAUGUUGAAGUGAAAGCGGCUACUUUUUAG